GAGGUGCACGCCACUUAGCACACGCUGCGGAGUCUCUGAGCUGAUGCUCGUGGAAGCGACCUGUUCUGGAGUGUGGGUCGUCGCUCUCCCGCGACACCAUGCAGGUCUCCAGCCUCAACGAGGUGAAGGUUUACAGUCUCAGCUGCGGCAAGUCCCUGCCUGAGUGGCUUUCCGACAGGAAGAAGCGGGCCCUGCAGAAGAAAGAUGUUGAUGUCCGUAGAAGAAUUGAACUUAUUCAGGAUUUUGAAAUGCCUACUGUUUGCACCACUAUUAAGGUUUCAAAAGAUGGACAAUAUAUUUUGGCAACUGGAACAUACAAACCUCGGGUCCGAUGCUAUGAUACCUAUCAGUUAUCCUUGAAGUUUGAAAGGUGUUUAGAUUCAGAAGUGGUCACAUUUGAAACGUUGUCUGAUGACUAUUCAAAGAUCGUCUUCUUACAUAAUGAUCGAUACAUUGAAUUCCACUCACAGUCAGGUUUUUACUACAAAACCAGAAUCCCAAAGUUCGGGAGAGACUUCUCUUACCAUUACCCGUCCUGUGACUUGUACUUCGUUGGCGCAAGCUCUGAAGUUUAUAGAUUAAAUUUAGAACAAGGACGGUACCUAAAUCCUCUACAAACAGAUGCUGCGGAGAAUAAUGUUUGUGACAUCAAUUCAGUGCAUGGCUUGUUCGCCACAGGAACAGUAGAGGGCCGAGUGGAGUGCUGGGACCCGAGGACACGCGGCAGAGUCGGCCUGCUGGACUGUGCGCUGAGCAGCGUCACGGCGGACUCGGAGAUAAACAGUCUACCAACAAUCUCUGCUUUGAAGUUCCACGGCGCCCUGACCAUGGCAGUUGGAACAUCCACAGGGCAGGUCUUACUCUAUGACCUGCGGUCAGACAAGCCGCUGCUGGUUAAGGAUCACCGGUACGGGCUGCCCAUUAAGUCACUUCAUUUCCAGGAGUCUUUAGACUUGGUUUUGUCUGCAGACUCUCGGGUCAUCAAGAUGUGGAAUAAGAACUCAGGAAAAAUAUUUACUUCCUUGGAGCCAGAACACGACAUUAACGACGUCUGCCUCUACCCCAAUUCAGGAAUGCUCUUCACCGCCAACGAAACCCCCAAGAUGGGCGUCUACUACAUUCCGGUGCUGGGCCCCGCUCCCAGGUGGUGCUCCUUCUUGGACAACCUGACGGAAGAGUUGGAAGAGAAUCCGGAGAGCACGGUGUACGAUGACUACAAGUUCGUCACCAAGAGAGACCUGGAAAACCUAGGGCUCACGCAUCUCAUCGGGUCGCCCUUUCUCCGGGCGUAUAUGCACGGGUUUUUCAUGGACAUAAGACUCUAUCACAAGGUGAAACUGAUGGUAAACCCAUUUGCUUACGAAGAAUACAGGAAAGAUAAGAUCCGCCAGAAGAUAGAGGAGACUCGGGCACAGAGAGUCCAGCUGAAGAAAUUGCCAAAAGUUAACAAAGAGCUGGCACUGAAAUUAAUUGAGGAGGAGGAAGAGAAGCAAAACUCUGCACGGAGAAAGAAGGCCAAGAGCCUUCCUAAUAUUCUUACCGACGAUCGAUUUAAAGUUAUGUUUGAGAACCCUGACUUCCAAGUAGAUGAAGAGAGUGAAGAAUUUAGGCUUUUGAAUCCACUUGUUUCAAAACUCACUGAAAAAAGAAAGAAGAAACUAAGACUCUUAGAGCAACAAGAACACCAAGACCAGGAAGAGGAGGAAGAGCCGGAAGGAAAGCCAAGCGACGCGGAGAGCUCCGAGAGUUCGGACGACGAGAAGGCCUGGGUCGAGGAGGUCAGGAGGCAGCGCCGGCUGCUCCAGCAGGAGGAACGAGCGAAGCGGCAGCAGCAGCUCCGGGAGGACCGGCAGACCGUCCUGAAGCCCCAGUUUUAUGAGAUCAAAGCAGGCGAAGAAUUCAGAAGCUUCAAAGACUCCGCCACCAAGCAGAAGCUGAUGAAUAAAACCCUGGAGGAUCGGCUGAAACUCGAAGCAGAAAAGGGGGCGCUGAGUGUGUCAGACACCACGGUUGGCAGCAAGCAGCUGACGUUCACGUUGAGGAGGUCCGAACAGCAGAAGAGGCAACAGGAGGCCGAGAAACUGCACCGCCAGGAAAGGAAAGCGCUCCGCCGCUCGGCCGGGCACCUGAAGUCCAGGCGCAGGAAAGGACGGCCCUUCCACUGAGCCCGGGGAGGACCCGGCUGUGUGGCUCGGAAGGCGGAUCGGCAUCAGCGCAGCCGGACACGGGUCAGAGGCACGCAGUCACAGCGUCCUGUCCGUUCUUGAUGGGUCCCGAGGCUAAGGUUUGGCAGCUGUCCCUGCGCCUUCCAGGUCAGCACUUCACCCCCCCCCCUCCCCCCUGGCACAGCAGCUGUCGCUCCCCACGAACUUCAUCUGCCCUCCAGUCCGAAUCAAGCAGACCAGGCGGCCAUUCCCGAACCCUGCGCAGUGCGCGCCGCGUGUGCCCGGGCGGCUCUGCUGUGCCGGAGACGGGGUGGGGGUGCGGGGCACGCCCGUGGGCCCGGCACUUUCUCUGUCGCUGCCACUCACCGGCGACCGCCCACCCCCACGCCCCGCUCAGCUGCCCUUGGCCGUGGUUGUGUGUCCCCACGUGUACUCGUAGGGUAGCUGCUGGUCUGUGUGUCCGUUUGGGAUUUUUGAUAAAUAUUUUUAUACCAGGAACAUAAAUUAAUGGUAAGAACAACGUGAAGCAUGAAAUAGAAGUUAUUACUGGGAAUAACUGAAGUUAUCUUUUAUAUUUGUCACAAGAUUAGAGGUUGUUUUCAUGUUUCUUAAGUGCAUAGAGAUAAACUGGCUGGAGACAACAUUCAUAGAAAUAAAUUUUUUCAUUCAGCUUC